AUGAUAGACGAUACUGGAGGAAGAAGAAGCACAAGUCUGUCGUCCUGCGAUGAGAUGGCAUCUCCGUUGUCCGAUUCGCACACCCCACCUUCUGCGAUAGCGAUGGAGAACCCCGCUCCUCCGAUAAAUAAAGAGAAUCAGCGGGUCCGGUUUUCGGUCGAUGUUGAGCGAGAAAAAGAGCGAGAUCGAGAACGAGAACGGGGGGGGUUUGCUGAAUCUUCUGGUCAAAGAUCUGCGACUGCGACUACGAUUCCGAGUUUGAGUAUUGAUACAGGGAUUGCGCCGACGGAAGCGGUUGCGGAUGGCAGAUCACAGACGGCAGGUCAAAGGAGGAGGGUUCUGGGGGUGUCGCCAAUUUCGCCGAGGACGAGGGAUAGAGGAUAUUCGUUGAGACGGAAUUUGUUUGCACGGGGGUUAAAUAAUGGAUCGGAACAGGAGCACAUUGAACUUGAGGAAGCAGGACCUCCGCAAGGUCGUGGGAAGAAGGCACAGAGUUCGGUGGUGGUAUGUUCCGUACAUGAUCAGGUUGAAGAGGCACCCAGCGAGGGUGUCCAAUCUACGAACUCGAGUAGAAUAUCUAAACGUAGGGAUAAGAAGGCUUUUGAGACGAGAGACUUGCCCAAUUAUGAUCGCUUUGUGCGCAAGGUGAAGGGGGACGGUUCCAUUUUACAAAAAGCGAAGAAGAAAUCACAAUGGUUCUACAAGAAGAAAAUAUUGGAAGAUGUUCUCCGGCAAAGAGAGAUACCUUCUUCGAAAGAUGGACGGCAUAUUGAUCUGGAUGCUACUCGCAAGCAGAGUACCCCGCUAAUUGACGAGAGGACUGGGGUAGCAUACAUCAGCAAUACGAUACGCUCUAGUCGAUAUACCAUAUGGAAUUUCGUACCUAGGCAACUGUUUUUCCAAUUUUCAAAACUGGCCAAUGCAUACUUCCUGCUGGUUUCCAUUCUACAAAUGGUUCCUGGACUUUCACCUACGGGAAGCUAUACCACAAUUGCCCCGCUAUUAGUGUUUGUGGUGAUCAGUAUGGCGAAAGAAGGGUAUGAUGACGUCCGUCGUUACAAAUUGGAUCAGGUCGAAAAUAAUAAUCGAACGUCGGUCUUGCAAGCAUAUAAGCCUCUGAAUAUCCAUGAGAUAUCCCACAUUCGAUCUAAAGACUUGCGAUCAAAGAAGGUCAAGAAGGGCUUGGGCAUCGAUUCCCCUGAGACGGUACAUGAAAUUAAUAUUGAAGCAACAGCUUCAGGGCCAAAGCACUGGGCAACGUUGAAGUGGAAAAGUCUCAAAGUUGGUGAUAUUAUAAAACUUCAUCGAGAUGAGGCAGUGCCGGCAGAUAUUCUCCUUCUGCAUGCAGAUGGACCGAACAACAUCGCCUUUAUCGAGACCAUGGCACUAGAUGGUGAGACAAAUCUGAAGACGAAAUCACCGCCCGUUCCUUUGGCCAAAAAAUGCUCAACUGUGGAGAAAUUGGUUGAUUGUCGUGCUCAUGUUGUAAUCGAAGAUCCUAAUUUGGAUCUAUAUAAUUUUGACGGAAGAGUCACGAUUAAUGGCGAGACCCUGCCACUUACGACCAACGAGAUUGUUUUUCGAGGAAGCAUUUUGAGGAAUACACCUAGUGCCAUUGGUAUGGUGCUCAACACGGGCGAAGAGUGUAAGAUCAGAAUGAACGCCAAUAAAAACCCUCGAGCGAAAGCACCCGAGAUGCAAAAGAUUGCAAACAACAUUGUCAUUAUUCUUGUUAUCUUCGUCGUUAUCCUCGCCCUAUUCUGUACCAUAGCUUACCAAGUAUGGUCUGAAAACGUCGAGAAUAACUCUUGGUAUUUGGCAGGAGCACAUUUUAAAUUCAGCUUCUCAAUUGUUGCCUUCAUCAUUCUCUUCAACACAUUAAUCCCACUCUCGCUCUAUGUCAGUUUGGAGAUCAUCAAGGUUGGACAACUACUUCUCAUGCACGAUGUUGAGAUGUACGAUCCCGUAUCGAACACUCCAAUGGUUUCAAAUACAUCUACGAUUCUCGAAAAUUUAGGUCAGAUCAGUUACGUAUUUUCCGACAAGACGGGCACUUUGACCGAUAAUAUUAUGCGUUUUAGAAAGCUGAGUGUCGCUGGAUAUGCUUGGCUUCAUGACUUUGACUUGGUUCGAGAAGCGGCUAAACAGCAGGAGCUAAAUCCAGGCAAGGGGAACGAAGUGAAGUCAAAUAACAAGGGCAAAGGAAUCGUUCAACAAUUUUCGAAGAAACAAGCACAUAAACCUCGCCCAGAAGAUGACGGACUACCCACCUCGACUACCGAUGUUCCUAGGAGAUCUGGCUCUCUGUGGAAGUCAUCGGCACAACCUCAUCGCGUUAAACUAGAAUUCCGAACGGAGGAAAUGAUACGCUACAUGCAGAGUAAGCCUCAUAGUGUAUUCACCAAGAAGGCGAAAUUCUUUCUUUUGUCCAUUGCACUUUGUCACACAUGUCUUCCGGAAGUUCGAGAAAACGGGCAGAUAGAAUUUCAAGCUGCGUCUCCGGAUGAGUUAGCUUUAGUGCAAGCUGCUCAAGAGCUUGGCUAUUUGGUCAUCGACAGACCUGCUCGUUCCAUCACCUUGACCGUUACAAGCGAAUCCGAGAAUGUUACUGAGACCUAUGAAAUUCUUGAUGUGAUUGAGUUCUCGAGCAAACGGAAGCGGAUGUCAAUCAUCGUCAGAUUUCCAAAUGGCAAAAUUUGCAUUUUCUGUAAAGGUGCAGAUUCUUCUAUUCUUCCACGCUUGAAACUUGCCCCAUUAGCAAUGCAGAAAGCCUCGGAAGUCCAGAGGCGAUCAAGUACCAGGAAGAGUCUGGAGGCUGAGGAGGUACUACGGAGAAUGAGCGAAAGUAGUCCAAGGACUAGCUUUAGUCGACCCAGUAUGACUCUUCCCAGGUCAAGCAUGAGUCGAAAUCGGAGAAGUAUUGGCGGCGGAAGGCCAAGUAUGACUAGUACAAGAUUGCAACCUAUACGAGACGAGCUCGACUCUUGGUUGAGAGAAAGAGAGAGUGAUAUCGAAAUGCCGGAUCUGGAUGGAACGACCGAUGCUUACAGAACUUCAACGGCUAUGGGACGAACCUCUUUCGCUUCAUCGAAUAUGAGAACUUCUAUGCAAACUGCACAUUUUGAUGAGUUUGUCGACGAGGCGCUUGUUCUAGACGAUGCUGCUGUAUUCGAGCGCUGUUUCCAACAUAUAGAUGAUUUUGCUGGUGAGGGUCUCAGGACACUAUUAUUUGGAUAUAGAUUUUUGGAAGAACAAGAGUAUACCGGGUGGAAGAAGAUAUACUUGGAUGCCACAACAAGCCUUGUAGAUCGUCAAAACAUGAUUGAGAGCGCGGGAGAAAUGAUUGAGCAGGAUUUCGAUCUUUCGGGUGCUACAGCUAUAGAAGAUAAACUCCAGCAGGGUGUACCGGAGACGGUGGAUAAGUUGAGAAGGGCGAAUAUUAAAAUUUGGAUGCUUACGGGGGAUAAGAGGGAGACGGCUAUUAAUAUUGCACAUUCGGCGAGGAUUGCCAAGAAUUACUCGGAGGUGGUUAUCUUGGAUCGGACUACAGGUGAAGUGGAGCAACGAAUGGCUACUACAUUGCUUGAUAUCAACAACGGAAAUGUCGCGCACUCGGUGAUUGUCGUAGAUGGACAAACACUUUCGGAUAUCGAUGCGAAUAAGACACUUUCACUUUUGUUUUUUGAACUUGUUGUGCAGGCCGAUUCGGUUAUUUGUUGCCGAGCAAGCCCAAGUCAAAAGGCAUCACUCGUGAAGAAGAUUCGAACAAAGGUCAAUAAAUCCAUCACCUUGGCCAUUGGCGAUGGCGCAAAUGAUAUUGCCAUGAUACAAGAAGCUCAUGUGGGAAUCGGCAUUAGCGGAAAAGAAGGUCUUCAAGCAGCUCGUAUAUCUGACUAUUCGAUCGCGCAAUUCCGGUUCCUACAGCGAUUGUUGUUCGUUCACGGUCACUGGAAUUAUGUCCGAACAGGAAAGUAUAUUCUCGGGACUUUCUGGAAAGAAUUCUUGUUCUACAUGAUCCAGGCUGUGUAUCAAAAGUGGAAUGGAUAUACCGGUACCUCGCUCUUCGAAUCCGCAUCUCUGACUGUCUUCAACACGCUCUUCACUUCCCUUUGCGUUAUCUUCCUUGGUGUAUUCGAUCAAGAUCUCUCGGCCACAACUUUACUUGCGGUUCCAGAGUUGUAUACCUAUGGACAACGUGAUGGAGGAUUCAACCUGGAGAAAUACUUUGGUUGGACAUUCAUGGCUGCGAGCGAAAUGAUUAUGAUUUUCUUCCUCGCGUAUGGACUUUUUGGAGAAUCGAGGUUUACGGAUGAUAAUACGUUGUAUUCCCUGGGUGAUCUUUGCUUUACGGCAGCGGUUAUUAUUAUUGUUAUGAAACUUCUCGUCCUUGAAAUGCAUAACAAAACCUACAUUGCCGCCCUGGGCGCUCUCCUCAGCAUCGGCGGUUGGUUCCUCUGGAACCUCCUCCUCUCCUCUAUCUACAGCGUUAAAGCCAUAACCUACAGUGUUCGGAAUGGGUUCCUUUUUGGAUUUGGUCGAAAUGCUUUAUGGUGGUGCACACUCAUCAUUAUUUUGGCGACGGCUUUCGUGUUCGAAGUAGGGGUUAGUAGUGUGAGGAAGGCGUUUUGGCCCGAGGAUAUUGAGAUGUGGCAGAUAUUAGAAAAGAAUGCGGAGGUGAGAAUGAGGCUGGAAAUGGCGGUUAGGGGGGAGGGGUAUGUUGAUAUUGAUGGGGUGGGGAAGGGGAAGAAGAGUGAUGAUUUUGAGGGGGGUGAGAAUGCGGGUGCGGAUGGGGAAAGAGAAAUUUUAGAAUUACUUGAGAGGCCGAGGGUUAUGCAUUCGGUUGUGCGUGAGAGGUCGCAGGAGAGUGAGAGACCGAUUAGUAGUGGGACGGGGGCGGUGAGGGGAAGUGCGAAUACGCAUUUGAGGAUGAGGAAGGGGAGUGUGGUGGAUGAGGGUGGGAGUGUGGAGGAUACUUAUGAUCAUGAGGUUGGACAUGGAAAUGAUAACAGAAAGGGAAACAAAAUGGGGAAUGGAACCGGAAAUGGGAUUGGGAAUGUGGCGCUUAGCCCGAUAGAAAUGGCGGGAAUAAAUGGUGGAGCGGGGACUAGGAGGGCUUUUAGCUUUAGUUCUUCGGGGGCUUUGUGA